AUGCUGAAAGAAAUACCCGUGCCUGUGCUCACAGCUUAUGAUUAUGAUGGCAAUGAACAAGGAGCUGGUGGCCUGAGUAAGGCUGGUAAGGAAGUAAAAACGCUGGUCCACUGUAAAGCUGGACAAAGUGAAUCUGAUGACGAUGAAGACGAAGACACUGAUGAAGAUAAGUUGCCAUCAUCAGUACUUGCUCCAAAACUGAAAGAAGAAUUUGAAAGUGUACCACAAGAAAACAAACCUCCCAAAUUAACACCAAAAGGACUUGCUUUCCGCAAUGCGCCUGCAUCAAGGGUCAAUGAAAAGAGGAGACUAGAGGAUGAUGAUGCCCAACCUUCCAACGGUGCAGCUCUAAAAAAACCAAAGAUAGAACCUUUUACAGCGUGCCUGACAUGUGGUGCCCGACUGUGUGAUGAUUUCGAAGCUAUUCCUUUCACUAAGAAUAUAAGUCAGAAUACAACUGGAGGUGAACAAAUCUACAAAGGUGGUAGUCUUGACUCCGCAGAUCAUGUCUGUACAUCUGCUCUAAGCAGCAGCUCUGUUGAUCCAGAAGUUGUUUUGUGCUCAUGCCGAGGGUUUGAUCCUGAUGUUACUCAGGUGUUUGUAGAGCUCUGCGGAUCUAGAUUACCAUUUCAGGAGAACCUGACCGAAUGGAGUGUAAAGCUGCUGAUCAAGGCUGCUUCUGCCAGAGCAGGAGUUGAGUCAGAUGAUUUCUAUGCAACAUUAUCUGGAAAAGUCUUAGAGCUGGAGAGACCACUUUCUUAUUAUCAUAUACGUCACAAUAGUACGAUCAUAGUUCAUCCUAAACUAAGGGGUGGUGUUAGGUACCAGACGUGGGAUGAUAUUGUCAGUGCUGGUCCUCGUUACCACAGUGUGAAUUUGCCGCCUGAUUUAGUUUUAAAUACCAAUCGAUUGACAUCUACAUCAGCAUCAAAAUCAGCACCAGCACCAGCACCAGCAGCAGUAGCAGCACCAGCAGCCGUAGCAGCACCAGCAGCAGCAACCACAGCGACCUUUCUUUCUGAGCAUCUGCAACAUCACACUAGGAAGGUAUUGAUAGGAAUGUGUCAGAAACAUUGUGCUGGCAUUAGUUUCGGAGGUAAUUUUACUUCGUCGCAAAUCCUAUUCCAUGAGGGGCAAGUAAAAUUCGACGGUUCAAUUGUCCCAGUGCAAUACAGUCAGGCUUCUGCCAAACUUGAUUAUGAUCGACUUCACACCAUAUUCAGCGCUGAUUUCUGUGAUAACUCCAGUAAAUCUUAUCCACUCCAUGUUCAGAACUUGCUCGAUUUUCUGUGGGCUGUACCAGAUGGCGCCAACCCAGACAGUGAGGAUGUGGUAGCUUUUUUGACUAAUCACCCUGCGGUUAUAUCUUACAUGCAGAGAAUAUCUGUAUGCCAGUUGCUUGAUAACCUGUUCAGCAGGCUCAGUAAUGUUGAUCAUAAAACUAUCUACAUGUUCCUUGGAAAUCUUGGUGGCCCAAGGGGGUGGAUCAAUUUGGUCAGGAAUGUUCGAGCAAUGGAUACGGUCUACACCUAUGGUUGUACAUUUGAUCAGAAGGGAAAUCCGACUCCUCCGCCGUACGGUGCUAAUCGGGCACAGUGUCUACAUUUCUCCAAUAACUUCUUUAAACAUGCCGGUCCACAUCUCAAAAUGGAGGAGAUAAGAGGCGGCAUUUUCUCUGGCUAUGGAAUCCAAUAAGUUCUUGGGUGGAUUACUGGGAGAUAUUGCCGUCGAGCUGCAGAACAAGACACAACCCUGUACGGCAGGAAUAAAGAAUGUUACCACUUGUUUAAGAGACAUAUCUGCGCAGGCCAUGAAUCUCUAGAGCCACUCGGUGUGUUUAUUUGAGGUGAUACUGGAGUAAUACUUAUCUUCUGCUUGAGUUGUUCUGGUUGCUGUUUGUCCGAAACCUUACUAAGACCUCACUUUACAUGUGCUUACCUGAAGAAGAGCGUUGCUGCUGUUGGUUUAUGUUUCUCAAACUGUCUUGCUGUGCCGUUAAGUUAACUGCAUUAAUUUGAAAAGCUAUUAUUGUGUUAUCUGCUUAUUAGUAAAGAUGUGAAGACCCCAUACGAGGUUUUGUUUUGUUCAA